AUGUAUAACAGUGUCAUCAUCUAUGAACUUCUUAGUGGUAACGAUGAUGGGGUGUAUGUGGGGGUGGGGGUGGGGGUGGGGGUGGGGGUGGGGUGGCGAGAGUGCAGGGUGCGGGUGGGAGAUGCAGUGGGUUGUGUGGGGGUGGCGGUGAGGAUGUGGAGUGGUGGUGGUGAAGGUAGGAGUGGUGGGGGUGGUGGUGUAGUGAGUUCUGGGGGUAGCGGUGGGGGUAGGAGGUGUAAGGGUGCGGUGAAGGUGCGGGGUCAGGGUGGGGGUGGGGGUUGGUGGGGAUGCUGGUAUAACAGUUUGAGACGGUGGUUGAUUUCCAAUAUUAGCAUCACUUUCAGACUGUGCAUGUAUAGCAGUGACAUCAUCUAUAGACUGUUUAGUGGUAACGAUGAUGGUGGGUGUAGGUGGCGAUGGAGAUGUCGUGGGUUGUGUGGGGUGGCGGUGAGGGUGCGGGGUGGGGGUGGAACUGGUGGUUGUGGAGGUGGGAGUGGUGGGGGUCGCGGUGGGGGUGUGGGUGGGAGUGGUGGGGGUGCGGUGAAGGUGCGGGAUCGGGGUGGGGGUGGGCAUGCCAUGGGUUGUGGGGGUGGCGGUGAAGAUGCGGGGUGGGGUGGGGGGUAG